AUGGCAUCUCCGUCAAUCGAGAACAUUGGCGGGGUUGCUCCCCUUCUCCUCAUCAUAGCACUGCUCUGUAUGCCCUCUGGCAUCGGUGGUGGCGUCCUCUUCGUUCCAGUACUCCGCCUAAUUGGUGGCUUGCAACUGAAGGAGUCAACAGCACUGAGCCAGGCAUUAAUUGCCUCAGCAUCAUUGGCUGCUACUCUCUUCAAUUGCUUUGAGCAGUACUCCGCUAGGAAUGAUCCUAAAGCCCUCAUCGUGUGGCCCUUUGUUAUCCUCACUCUGCCCUGCACUGUCAUCGGUUCCCUCAUAGGCGUUUACCUCUACUCCUGGCUCCCAUCACUAUUCAUCCUUAUUCUGUAUUUCUGUUUCGUCUGUCUGGGAAGCUUCAUGGCCUACCGGAAAGGAAUCAGGCUGUGGAAAGCUGAGAAUGGGGCUAAGCGGAGAGCCGUUGAUGGAGAUUCUACCGACAUGAGUCGAUCAUCGGAGGUUACUGUAGAGGUCCCGUCUCUUCUGAGAAUGCCGAACAUGAAGAAGCUUGCUGCCUACACGAGUAUCGCUGCUCUGAUAUGGGCAGUGUGCCUCAUUUUCCCGCUUCUUACAGGAACUCAUCCACUCCAAGUAGUAUUCGACUUGAGUCCCAGCUUGUGUGAUGAGCAGCAGGAUGAUGUAGCAGCUACUCCCUCAGGUGUGAUUGGAGUCCCUUUUUGUGAAGAGGCUUUUUGGGGUCUUGCCGCGCUGCAAGCUCUUAUACUCCUCCUUAUCCCUACUGGCUACGUGGUUGCUAAACGUACUGCCGAAACUGCCAGAGUUGGCCUAGUCCUAAUGACUAGCAUGAUUGUUAUCGGUCUGAUAUCCUCUAUUGUCGGGAUAAGUGGAGGGCUCUUCAUGAUUCCCGUUGUCCUUUCGCUCGGGCUUGAUCCUAAGCAGGCUACAGCCACUACCUCGAUAGUCAUUUUCGCUACAAGCACCAGUACGGCUCUGUCAUUUGCAUUGGGUGGUUACUUCCCUCCUGCCUCGGACUUGUGGAUCGUUGUCAUGCCUUUUAUUGGAGCUCUUCUGGGCAAGACCAUAGUGGCAAGGCUCAUAGCAAAGACAGGGCGUAUGAGUAUACUUGUCUUACUGCUUGGUACCGUGGUCAUUAUAGGCGGGAUAACCACUAUUUCUACUGGUAUCGUCUCUGUGGUUAACGGUGCCCUCAACGGAGAUGAGGUUGUGCAGUUUGGUAGCUUCUGCUAA